AUGUUGGAUGAAAAUAACCAUCUUAUUCAGUGUAUAAUGGACUACCAGAAUAAAGGAAAGACGUCUGAAUGCUCUCAAUACCAGCAGAUGCUGCAUACAAACUUGGUUUACCUAGCCACUAUAGCUGACUCCAACCAGAACAUGCAGUCUCUACUACCAGCACCACCCACACAGACUCUGCCGAUGGGCCCGGGCGGGAUGAGUCAGAGCGGGCCCCCCCCGCCGCCGCGCUCCCACAACAUGUCUUCCGACGGGAUGGUAGGUGGGGGCCCUCCUGCGCCACACAUGCAGAACCAGAUGAACGGCCAGAUGCCUGGACCUAACCACAUGCCUAUGCAAGGACCUGGGCCCAACCAACUCAAUAUGACAAACAGCUCCAUGAACAUGCCUUCAAGUAGCCAUGGGUCGAUGGGCGGCUAUAAUCACUCCGUGCCAUCCUCACAGAGUAUGCCAGUGCAGAAUCAGAUGACCAUGAGCCAGGGACAGCCGAUGGGCAACUAUGGUCCCAGACCAAACAUGAAUAUGCAACCAAACCAAGGUCCAAUGAUGCACCAGCAGCCUCCCUCCCAGCAGUACAACAUGCCCCAAGCGGGUGGGCAGCAUUACCAGGGGCAGCAGCCACCCAUGGGAAUGAUGGGCCAGGUUAACCAAGGAAACCACAUGAUGGGUCAGAGACAGAUUCCUCCAUACAGGCCGCCACAGCAAGGCCCACCACAGCAGUACUCAGGCCAGGAAGACUAUUAUGGGGACCAAUACAGUCAUGGUGGACAAGGUCCUCCAGAAGGCAUGAACCAGCAAUAUUACCCUGAUGGUCAUAAUGAUUACGGUUAUCAGCAACCGUCGUAUCCUGAACAAGGCUACGAUAGGCCUUAUGAGGAUUCCUCACAACAUUACUACGAAGGAGGGAACUCGCAGUAUGGUCAGCAGCAAGAUGCAUAUCAAGGACCCCCCCAGCAGCAGGGUUAUCCGCCGCAGCAGCAGCAGUACCCAGGCCAACAAGGCUAUCCAGGACAGCAGCAGGGUUAUGGCCCCUCCCAGAGUGGUCCAGGACCUCAGUAUCCCAAUUAUCCACAAGGACAAGGCCAGCAGUAUGGGGGAUACAGACCCACACAGCCUGGGCCACCACAGCCACCACAGCAGAGGCCUUAUGGAUAUGACCAGGGUCAGUAUGGAAAUUACCAGCAGUGAAAAAGUACUCACAUUCCAGUAGGCAAUAUCUGUUAGCAGCCAUAUUGUCUCCUCAGCACUGUGGACAUCUUCCUGAGAUGAGAACCUCCCAUUCCAUCUAGCUUUUGGAAAAAUCUUGUGGCUGUCUUAUGGUAUACAGUCUUUAUGGCUUAACGGGUAAAGACUGUAGAUUCUCAGAAACGGAUUUCACAUCUCUACUCUAGAUGGCAAUAUUGGACAGAAAAUAUGUGACACAGCAAUUUGCAGUGAGUUGAGAACCGUACGUCAAUAGACUGUUACAGACUGAAAGGUGUGAACAGCUUUGUGUGUUUAUGAAGGUUAUGGGAGUUUACUAUUUUUUCCACAGAUUUUUUUUGUAGGGGGAAAGGGGAAAUGCACACUUUUUACAGCAGCAAUAUUUUGUAUAUUAUGUUUUUCAUGUGAUGAAUAUGCAAGACAGUACACUACUCGCUGGGCAGGUUAGGAAAUCUACUGUUGGGAAUGGGUAGGGGCAUGAUAAGUGCUUGAUUGUGUAAGUCUUGAAACGGUGUACAAUAAAGAUAACAGAGAAAA